UGUUUGGAUUUGGAAUUUCCAUUGCCCUGCUAGCAUUUUUGGAGUCUUCCCAUUGUUAUUUCUAUAGUAAAUAAAAUAAAACGAUAGAUGUUUAUAUCUAUUUAAACCGUGUUCACGUACUGUAUUUAUGGGUUUUCAGAAUGGAAGCUCAAUUCCCGGUACUGUGUGCUUUUACGCCUUUGAAACCUGGUUCCGAAAAAUUCCAAAGAAUCCCUAUUACAAACAACGUUUUCAAGCUCGGCCGCGGACAGCACAACACAGUUGUUAUACCCUACACAUGCCUCUCAAAAGACCAUUGCCUAUUCAAGAAAGUGGAAGGCGACUGGCUGUUGGAAAACUGUAGCUAUACCAGUAUAAAAGUUAACGACAAUAAGCUUCGUAAAGGCGAAACUCACAAACUUCGUGAUCAAGACAUCAUCAAAUUGGAAUCGUCGAACGAAUUGGUUUACAAAUUCAUGUCGAAUACAAAUACCAAAAGCCCGAAGCGUAAGAGACGCAAGCUCGAUGAAAAUGUACAAAAUGAUAAUAAUGUAAACAAAACUGUGUCGACAAGAAGUUUGCGAAGCGAUAUAAACAAGAAUAUAAAUGAUACACAGAUGAAAUUGAAAGAGCAGAUAUUAUUGGAGCAGAGUAAGAGGGAGAAAGAGAUAUAUGAUGACUAUGCGGUCCGUAUUGAGAAACUGAAGGGGUCUAAAAAGCAUGUGAAGAACCAGAGGGCUUUGCUUAAAAUGCGGAGGAAUGUUCAGCUGGAACUGAAUAAAGUGAAAAUGGAGGAACGGAUAACUUCUAUGAUGACACAAGAAAUAGAAUCAAAUAAAAACAAGCAUUCCAAAGACAAACCUCACAAACAGAAUGGGCAAGGGGACCAGGGAACCAACGACCAAUCAGAAGCCAGGCGAGAGCAGGACAGGGCGCGGAUGAAAGAGAAGAGAGAGCUGAAGAAACUGCGCAGGGAAACUAGGCGGCUCAAGCUUGACAAAGAGAAAAAGCUAAAAGAAUUAGAAAAGCAGAAACUACGCAGAGAGAAGCAAUUGCAGGACGAGUUGGACAAGGCUAACAAAAAGCUGGCGAAAGAGAGGGAGCUGCACGAGAAAGAGAGGAGACGAGCCGAGCAGCUACUCAAUCAGAAAAAGGAGGAGCUUAAAAAGAGCGGCCAUAACUUCGGAGUGUAG